AUGUCUGAAGACCCCAAUAGCACUCGUAAUAGACGCUUCGAGAUCUUAAGAGAAAAACUAAAAGCAGCAACAGGAUCAGACAUCCCUGAAAUAGUCAACGAAAUAAAAGACUUUCUCGAGAGAUGCGUGUAUUACGCAAACGAGCAGCCAAACUAUCUGGCGCAACUAAUUCCUGAACUUCUUGAAGUUUUGCAUAAAAUCCCGCCUCAAUUUAACGAAGGCGCAGAAAACACAGCAAGACAAAACAUUUUGGAAAUUGUCGUAAAGUGCCCUAAUUUGGAAUCAAUUCGCAAUUAUUACAAUCAGCUUUUCAAGAUCGCUGAAGAAGUCAUGAACCAGGACAACGAAGACAAUGCUUGCAUUGCAAUCAAGCUGUUCAUAGACCUCACUCGAACUUUCAAAGACAUCGUCAGUGAGGCCUACAUUUCCAAAUUUAUCAAGUAUGCCGAAAAAAUGUUCAAAGAGUCUGCUGAUAUCUGUACUAGAGCGCUUGACAAAAAAUACCAAGCUGGGUCAUUGCUAGCGAGAAACCAGUCGUUAAAAGUGCUGAUAGAGUGUGGGAAUGGAAUUACAUCGCUGUAUCAUCACUUUCAAAGGCUUGUGAAUAUAUAGAUUAUUUAGAUGAAUGGCAGCGUAAUUAUUUAUAAUAAAUAUGGACAGGGUAAGUCAAAUUAAGUGGAUAUUGAUGUAAAUGAGCAUAAAAGAUUUCAUUACUUAUGCUUUUGAAAUCGUGUGCAGGGAUGAGCCUGAAAAUCUCAACAGAAACGUGAAAGUCUAUAAUGACUACAUCUUAUGCAAAACAAAAAUAUUGAUUUUUGUAGCUCAAUUUUCCAGAUCUGAGAGAUUUUAUGAAGAAUUCAAACAAUAUGAUGACAGGCUGCCUCAGUCAAUUAUAAAAAUGAUGAGGACAUUGCCGUCAGAUUCUUAUAAUAUUAAAAAAGACCUUUUCCAAGGCUUUUCUGAAAUAAUUAAAUCAAAUCACAGAAAAGGCUUCUCAAGGCAUAUCGACAGUAUGCUCGAAGACAAUGAACCAAACGCAACAGCAAAUAGCAUCAGAUCAGCUUGAUACGGGGCAAUGCUCGAAUUUUUAGAAAUUUUCAAACAAGAAAUGACCUCAGAGCAGCUCUCGAAAGCGACAGCACUUAUAUGUAGAAAUAUCCAUAUGUUUCCACUAUUGGUGGUACAGUCAUUAAAUGUGCUGAAAAGCUUUUUGGACAGCAUCAGAGCUUUGAAAGACAGCCAGCGAGUAGGAAGGGAUAGAAAUUUGCAAAUCGUAGAUUCCAUGUACCAAAUGAUUUUGCUGACAGUGAGCAAAAGGCUAGGAUACUGCAGAGGAGUCAUUGAAGAAAAUAUGCCACAAAUCAAAGAAAACAGACUAAAUAACACCCGAACUAAUCAAAUUGUCCAUGAAGUCUGUGGGAUUCUAAAAAGACUGUCAGAUUUAGCAAGAAGUGUCAUCAAUGAAAAGCUUUAUAUGCCAGCAGCAGGCAGCGGCCAAGUCUCAAUCCUCCAAGACUACCCGACUGUGCGCUUAAUCACCAAAAUCUUUAAAAACCUUAUCAUUUCUUCUAAAAUUUAUUCAGAAAUGAGAGCUGACCGAGAAGAAUAUAACAUCUACGAAACCAUAUCCCAGCUCUUCAGCAGCUUCCAUCCAAUAGCUCUUCAAGAUAUUUUACAAGCCUUAACACCAAUUCUUUUCUUAAAAUAUGUAGAAUCUGCACAAAUAGAUUAGAUUAGAUUACGAUGGGUAUUUAUGGUCCCAACUUCCAAAGCACUGUGCAUUCCGCAAGCGAACGCUUGUGGGGUGGAUUCCCUCAAGGCAGCUUGAGCUCGGGCAGAAGCCCCCAGUUUCUGGUAGAGACAUUUUCCCUCCUGAUCUGUUCAAGCUAUAUUUGCAGGAAACUCCAUUUCCAACUCAAGUGCCAAAAUUGCCAAAUCGUAGUUAGGCAGAUUGCCCCAUUAAGGGACCCUUUUAGACUGAAGAGACUAGCCCUGAGAUCUUUGUCUUACCUGUCUUCAUCUAUUUCUCCGGAUCAUCUCCGGAGAAAAAACUUAUUGUGUUUGUGAAGAUAUUGGCAGGCCACAAAAACAGCCUUGAAAAGUUGCCCUGCCUCUUUCAGGCACCCACUCUGGGUCUGGGCACUGCUGGCAAAAAAGAUGCAAAAAGCUGCCGUUCGAGCCUUAGUCUUAGUCUUAGUUAAAUUUAUAGAGUAGCUCCCGGCCAGGACCGAAGGUCCUUUUCUUCCGCCUUUUGGAUGCCUCGCUUGCUUUCCUUGCCCUGCUCCCAGUGUGCACCUAAGUGCCACAUGCUACCACUCAGCUCCUUCCGGUCAUGGGGGCUGCCGUUCGAGCAAGACCACUAAUCAGUGGAAAUGCUCUGGGCCUCUUGGUUCGGUGCUAACCUAAUCCUUGCAAAACACGUCUGCAUAUACAUAAGGAUACUGUUACAGGGAGGACUGAUCGCUCGCUACCAGCCAUUUUAUAUAUAUAAACUCUACAAAUAAUUACAAAAUUCUUUGACAGCAUAAAAAGAAGCUCCCGCGACUCUAUGAGAGCAAUGGGAGAUGUUCUUAUGCCUUUCGUUAUUGAUAACCUUGAUAUUUUAGAGCCAAACUCUCCUAUGGGUGAAGCGAAGCUAUUCCACCUCUAUUGGCUUGCAAAGACAGAAAUGCCUCCAAAUAUUGAUAAAAAUGCUAUAAGAAAACGUUUAUGGAGCUUUUUGGAGCUGACCUUAAAUUACGAAGUACUCGAAAUGCAUGGCAAAAAACUCGUCCAGAAGUGCGAAGAUUUAUGCAAAACAGAAACUAUUUCGAAGUUUGUGGUUCUAGCAAGAAACUGCAUUACUAUCGUAUUUAAGAACAAAGAGUUGAGGUAUGAGCUUUCAACACCAUGGAUACAGCAGCAAGAUCCUUUAUUACUUCCAUUUCCUCCUUCCCAUGUGAUUUUCCAGGGGCUAUUCAGCUCAAGUUCAGAAAAAAUCACACAAGCUUGCUUAUUAAUUGACGAAAAUCUUGGCAGGAUCCAAAUUACCCCAGAGCUGUUAAAAAGACUAUAUGAGCUGCUGCACAAGUCACAUGUAAGCUACAAUCUUGAAAUUAUGAAAAUUCUUGGAAAACUGGGAAGAAGCGUCAGAGAAUGCCGCCAAGCGAUCACUUUUAAAAGCUGGAGCGCUCCAUUAUCUCCUCUUUCCCCUGGGAACUCUUCAGUCUAUACUUUCCACUUUUCUAUUUAUUACGAUCAAAAUGCGUCUGCACUCAAAAUUCCUCUUGACUAUAUAAUUUUGAAAAUCGCCAAAGCAUUCAAAGCGAAAACCAAUGUGGACGAAAACCAAAAGAAAACAGUUUUAGCCGCAAGUAAGCUAAUUUCAGUUGCCAUUUUGUCACUAUUAUCCAAAUUCAGAAUUGAUCACAAGCUUCUAGCUAUGAAAGUAGCUUACGUGAUGAGCGGAAAAAUUGAAGAAAUUGCCCAAGUUGUAGAUGGACAGCCUAAAUUGCAUAAAAUCGCAUUUCAAGAGACCUUGAGGAAUUCAAUAGAAGCUUUGAUUUCUUUAUUAGCGUUUUCAGAGACUAGUGAAGAGCUUGGUGAGCUUUAUGAAAGAGUUUGCAUACAUUUUGGGAUGCUAAUUUUUAUCAGUGUUGAAGGCGAGCCUGUUGAAAUUGGAAUGAAUCCUUUAGAUAUCCUAGAAAUUCUUUGUGAAAAAUUAGCAUACUUAGAAAAAGGCGAUGAAAGAUUUUUGGCAUCACUGAGAGGACUGACAAAUAUUUUAAACACAAUUGGAAAAUUACUGCAUAAAGAUGAAGCAGCACUGAGCAGAAGUGAGUCUGUAAAACAAGUUCUGCUUGUUCUCAUAAGGACUUGUUAUAAGCAGGAGUGAACCAUGCAAGUUGGAGCUUGUGGAGGACUUUGUAGGCUGUUUUCUAAGUUCCCUCAUCAGCUGAUUCAAGCACACGCAACUUUAAUACUGAAGACUUCUUUACAUAUUUUGCAGAGCUUCCCCUCAAACUUCAAGUCACAAAUCACUGAUGAAUCCGUCAAACUUUUCAAUUUGGCAUCAACUCAUUGCUCAAAAGAAACAAUAGUCACAGAACUUGUAUCAGCUUUGCUCUCAAGAUCCCCAAUUCUAAGGCAAAUCGCAAGGCAGCUUAUUGAUGAUAACAAUUAUGUCGAAGACAUUGGAAAAAUCCAUAACGCAUUAUCGUCAAACUUAUGCCCUUAUAAGCCUGAAAUUUCUCUACAACAGCAAUUAAUUGAUGUGAUUUUCCUGCAAAACAUAAAAACUGCUCAUGUGAGUGUAAGAACUCUUAUAUUAGAAGCCUUUACAUUCUGCUUGAAAAAAGGAAUUAUUAAGAUAUCGCAAGAUGGGAACCAAGUCAUUUACAAUUUCAUCCUUACACUCGUUGAAAGAGCGGACGAUUUCUUAGAAAAAGAGCCGAAAAAGGACAAAACUAAAGAUGAAAGCCCAGAUUUGGUGUUAAAUGAAAAGAUUGCUGCGUAUGAAUGCAUGAAAACUAUAUUGAAAAAUGAAGAAAUGUGGGCCUUCAUCAGGCAAAAAGAUGAAAAAUAUGAAAAAAUGAGGUAUAAGAUAACUUUUAAGUUUUUGAGAGCUAUGAGUCAGCAUAAUGACCAAAGAGUGAUUGAUAUAGUCAAAGAAGGGAUUAUCAGCUUGCUGGAAAGGGAAGAAAAUAGUAGGCAUAUCCUUCCACAAGAUGAACUAAAAGCUUGUUUGAGGUCCUAAACUUAAACUUAUUGCAGACUUGGAUGCUGCCUAUUGUUAAUGCAGUCACCAAAGAUCCCCUCUUUGCUACAUCGACAGGGAUAACUUCUUCGAGUUAGAUGUCUACCGGGUGAGCUACAGCUUUAGGCAAUACUUUCCUCUUCUCCACAUUCUGACGUUAUGACACCUGUGAAGCAGGGUUCUGUGUCUCCGUCUGCUUCUUGCUUUGUCAACUUCAGUGUUGAGUGGAAAGGCUAUGGACUUCUGCAGCAUGCUGCUUGGGUUAAAUAAAGGUUGACCACACAAAAAUCCCAAAAAAAUGGGACUAUCAGAAGAGAGGAAAAAAUUAAAAACCUGGAGCUUAACUCCCAUUUUCACGAUAGAAGCUGCUCGAUUAUUCUAGGAAUUACCUAUAGACUUUAUUGGGCUUUCCCUUUUAAACUCAGAACUCUCGCUUUCCCUGGAGGUAGGUAAAAUAAAAACCUGAAAGCAGACUAGGGCAAGGCUCUGUACAUUGCCAGAAUUGCUUACCUAGUAUUGCUAUCCAUUUCUAUGCUGGCAAAACCUUGCGGAAUAUAAUUAAAUACGUGCUCGACAGAAGUCGGCGAAGCACUGAUACGCCAUAUUUAUUGCUUGCUUGAGGCCAAUUUUACUAGAUUUAGCGAAAAAUUCCAACUUGCCUAGCUUGCCCCGAUUACAGAAUUUUUCAAGACUUUUAGAAGUAAUUUCUAAUUGUUUCAAUACGAACUUAGGUGACAGGCUUCUCCAUCAUUUGACAGAUAUUUGCAGUGACCACAACGCUCGUCCUUUAAUUCCUUUGGUACCAGCUAUCGCAAAUCUUUUCCAUUUAAUGCCCAGCUGUGCAGUUGAAAUACUUACUCCAGUUAUUACAGGCUUUAUUAAAUCAGAAGAAAGUCUUCAGAAAAACUCUUUACAAGGAUUUUUAAAUUCUUAUUUCACAGUUCCAUUAAUCAGGUACCUAUCAAGAUUCCCUAAUGAAACACUGAAAUUUUUCUUUGAGGAUAAAUUCACAGAAAAAAGACUUCUCAACUAUUUCAUUGGGCUUCUAGGACAUCCAGCUGGAUACCCUCUACGUGAAUGCAUAGCACAAAGGUAUCAGGCCACUUUAAGAGACAAAUUUUUCAGUACUGGGAGUCCUGAAUUUCUGUCUGAAGGGCUGAAAAUGCUUAAUUGUCUUGUGAAGUAUAUGCCGAGAUGAAUAAGCUCAAAGCAAGAUUUAAUUGAUGCUUUGUAUAAAGUAUGGAAAUCAAUGAUAGACCAAGAAAUCCAAAACGAGGCACUAAUUAUUGAAAAAGGCUACAUUGAGAAAUACAUGAUAAAAGCCUUUGUUAGCUUUAUCAGAUAUAACCACAAAGACGGAAUCAAGCAGAUUCUAUUUGAAAUCCCAUUAGCUUUUGGCAGAAAACAAAUAUGGAAUACCGACUUCCUGUCUGAUUUCUUGCAAAAGGAACUCCCAUCUAUAUUAACUUUAGAAGAAAAAUAUAAAACCUUGAAAAAGCUGAUGCAGUUUUUGCAUGACCCCCAAGUCCAUUCUCAGCAAAAGUCAAAAGUCCUUGAAUUCUUCACAAUUCCUUUCUUGUCUGAAACUUUUAAGCAGGAAAAUGGAAAAACUAUUUUAACAAAAUCUCUGCAAGUCUCAACAAUAAAACUUAUAAGAAAACACCUAAAUGAUAUUUCAAAUACCUGCUGUGUCCAAUUGAUGAAUUUAGGGUCACUCUUUAUAGAAAACCUAAACCAAGAAUUUUUCCCACAUAGAAAAGAGCUUAUAAAAUUCUGCUGGGGAAUGAUAAAAUCUGAAAACCCGUUUAUCAAAGGAAGUGCUUAUGUAAAUGUUGCAAGAUUUAUUAAUAUUUAUAAUCUUCCGGAUACUUUGACAGUUCAGCUUUUAGGUGCUCUAUUAAAAGCUCACCAUAGCGAGCUAGCUCAGUCUUCUCAGCAAGCAUUCACUUAUCUUUCAGAAAAGCUUAUAAACCUAUUUAAAGAGUCCCGUCUUCGUGAAUAUCUUACAGAAUUUGUAACUUAGCUUAAAGGGCUUAAAGUCUUCCAGAUUUGAUGGCUUCGCAAGCUUAUGGCAACCGGAAUCUGCUUUGCGAAUGAGUCCAGCUGUCUCAGCAGCGGUCUACUCCGGAAUCUAGCCUUGCAUCGAUAUCCCUGAGUCUUGACAAAUUAGGGGACUUCUCUUCUUGUUCACGUCUUUGAGUGCCUAUGGAGACAAAGGCUAGCCCGAUGCCUUCUGUAGGCCACCUUGAGGGAAUUGACACCCAAAGAAAAAGAACGACAGCCCUCCGGAGCCAGCAGGGAAAAGAAAUCCGUGACCCAAAAACCCAUCCGAAUAGCUAAUAUCUGGACUGAAAUAGCCAUCUGCUUACUACUAAAGUUUACUCACCCCAUACAGCCGCUCUAAGCAAGCUACAGAUUAGGAUUAAAGGGUCUGAACCUUGCUAUAAAGGCAUUUUGGCGUCCAAAGUGGUGGGUCGUCGGCAAGGACAUGCUUUGCUACAACCCCAUAUUAAUAAUUUUAGAAUUUGUAAGGAAAAAUUUGCUGCAAGAAACUCGACAAUUUCAAUCUAUGAUGCAUGUGAUUGAUAUUAUAAUAAAAAAUGCCCAUGUCUUUUAUUAUAUUAGAGAAGGCCUUACAAGCCAUUUUUUGAACUGAAUCAAUCACUUAGGCCUACUUCUCCUCUUGGUUAACAACCCAAAACAAUUAGAAAGAUCCUAUUUUGGGACAAUUAAUCCUUGACUAUGAAGGAAAAGAUUUUUAAUAAAAUAUUUUGAUAAAAUUAAUGGUUAUAAUAAUUAGAUCUCCAGCUCUAUUAAAUUUAAUCUGCUUAUAUCCUUAAAUAUUAACAAUAAAUUAAAUUAGAUUUUCCUUUAAAAUUCGAUGAAAGUUUUUAUUUUUAUAGAAUUUUAUUUAAACUCAGAAGAAAAAUAAUUUAUCUAAUUGAUUAGCUAGCAAGGUUGUUUUGCCCACUAGCCAAAUGGGAAAGUUAGGGCUUCACUCAAAUUAUAACGCGAAAAAGACACUACUAGAUUUAACUGCAGUCAUGAUUGAUUGGUCUGAUAGACACGCUAAGGAAAUAGGAGAUUCUUAUAUAACUGCUCCACAUAAAGAAAUGCUUAUCAACUUUUUCGCAAGAUUUGGCCAAGCUCCAGCAUUGUAUAUAAGCAGAACUCCACAAAGAACAUUUGAGCAAAUGAACUUUUUAAGUGUAAGAUGCAUCAAUAACAUGAAAAAUGCUUUGAGGCUCUGGGGAGAGGUUACAUUUAAAGCUAAAAACUGGACAGAAGCUCUGAAGAAAUGUGUGAAUUUAGUACAGCAGCAUCAACAAAGAGGGUCUUCUGCUGAUGCAUUGAAGAAAUUAUUAGAGAGAAGCUUAAAUAUUGUCAAAAUAUUAUCAGAACAUAACACAAGGAUGGCUAUUGUGCAGUACCCAGAAUUAACAAAAUAUCUAGCUUUACAAGUAAAAAUUACAGAAAGUCCACCACUUAUAAAAACACUUUGCGAUAUUAUUGAAUUGCUACUAAACUCAAGAGCUUCAGACUUAAAAGGACAACUAAAUGAAAUUUUAGAAGCUUCUUUCGCAGAUACUUCCCAACAAAAUUACUUGUGGACCGUAAAGCUACUCGCAGUAGUUGCAGACUUUUCUCCAAAAGAUGUGACGAACCAUAUGAAAGGUCUAUUGCAGAUGACAACAACCCUCGUAAAAGAGCUUUUCCAAGACACAAUUGGCAAGGAAAAUAAAUUUGAUGCCCUUCUUACAUCCCUCAAAAUAAUUCAAAACAAUAUUACUCUUCUUGCAGACGAGAACAAGCGUGCACUAAAAAAUAUUAUAAUUAUCAUAUUUGAAGGCAGCACUGACCCCAAAAUCAUGCUUGAAGCUUGCAGCCUUAUGGAAGUCUGGAUAACUCAAUGCCCUGAAGAUUCUCAACUAACUAUAAAAGACCAAUGCUCAAUGCUUUUGAAGCUUUUCUCAUCUCCUAAGCUAGAAAUCCAGAACGCUUCAGCGCCUCUCCAGCUAAGUCUUCGUGUUUUAUCUGCAGAAUCCUCUGUAUAUGAGCCUCGUAUAGCGCUUUGUAAAGCAGUUUUGCAGUAUCUCUUAAAAGAUCCAAGUCAUGAGAUGAAGUCAGCCUUCAACAAUUUAUUAAAGCAGAUGAUUGGGACUUCUAUAUGGAGGCGCUUACAGUUUGCAUUUGAGCAGCAAGACUGCAGUGAGUCGAAGGCAUGGACCAAAGCUUCAAUUGACAUCAUUUUGGGAGCACUUGAAGAAAGUGUGGUAGUAGAAGAUGACGAAAUGGAAGAAGAAGCCGACUGGGGGAUGGACAGAGAUAUUGCGGAGUUUUUGAGGCAGCAUGUAUGGUACAUUACUCAUAAAAAAGUGAAAUAUGCUAAAGACUUGAUUGCGCCGCUGCGACAGCUAUUGAAUUUACCGAUUUCUCAUUAUUUGUUUACUUAUCUGUUCCCACAGUUAUGGGAGUCUUUCAAUAAAACCCAACAAACAGCUCUGACAUAUUCAAUAGAAAAUUUAUUAACUAACAGGCUGGCUCCAGAACCAGUAUACCACAACUCUGCUAAAACAAUUCUUACAGCUGUCUCAUCAUGCUACCCACUCCCCAUAAUCAGGCCAGAAAUUAUUCACUUCUUAGCAACUGCCCACAACUCAUGGAACAUUGCUAUUCCUUUGCUUCAGGCUUAUACAAAGUAUCUCCCAGAGUCCGAUAAAUACAUCUAUUUACUUGAAAAUCUCUACCAUAGACUCAGUGAAAGGGAGCUUGAAAUCGGCUGGAAAAUGAUCCGAGCAGGCAAUGAGACCACAAAAUUAUCAUUAAACACCUUUUUAGUUGCAGACUGGGACAAAGCUCGUACGGAGUUUGAAAGAAUUUUGGGAUCAGGCGAGACUGAAGAUGUUGAUAUUUUGGAAAAUUCCUGAAGGGAAAGUGUAGAAAGGCUUGGCGAUUGGACCACACUUGUAGAGUAUGGAGAGCCUAGGCAGGAUUUGUCACUGGUUGAAAGCUAUUGGCAGAGUGACGAGUUUGGCAAGAUGAAAUCGCUUUGCCAUAAACUCAAUAUUUCGUUCCAUCCUACAUGCAUCUACUAUUUCUGUGUAGCUGAUUUAGCUCAAAGCUCAGAUGAUAAUAAUUCUAUCAGAGAAUUAGAAAAGAAAAAUGAAUUCGGAACUAUGGGGCUGUUGCAAGAAUGGGCAGCUAUACCAAAGUACCCAUCCGCAGCGCAUAUACCAAUAAUGCAACAAUUAGAGCUAAAAUAUGAAUUCUAUGAAGGAUUGGUUAUGCUAAAAGCCAUGGAAGACCAUUUGUCAGCUAAUAAAACACCAAUUGACUUGGUAGAAAGCAUCAAUAAGUGAAGAAGGAGAAAAAUCAGCCCUCAAGACGGCCCAAGAAUGUGGGGUUCAAUAUUAAAAACAAGAAAAGUGUUUUUCAAACACAUGGGAAUUAUUGCACAAAAAAAUCCUAACUACAUAAGUGCUUCAGAAAUUGGCAAUUUGCAAGACUCAACCUGGACUGAUGUGACACACGCAAAGCUGUGCAGAAAGGCUGGAAUCUAUAGUAAAGCAGCCAGCAUCCUCGAAAAUUUAACAAAUGAAGAAUCCCAAUCAGAGAUGUUCCUUAUUGCUAAAGAAAAAAUAAAACUCUGUAUGUCAACUGAGUAUUAUGAAGGAGCUCUUAAUUUAGCAAGAUUUUACUCACAGGAAAAUACCAAUAUCGACCCAACUAAAAUAAGUGAGUUUAAGAGGCUAAAAGGAAUCAUAUAUUCAAGGAUUAAUGAUGAAGAAAAAUCAAAGAACUGCUUUAGCAAUGCAGCAGCCACGAGUCCAAAAAUUAUGAAAAAUUGGCUCAGCUGGGCACAUUUAAUAUCCAAGGACUAUGAAGAGAAUAGAUCACCAGAAAUGGCGACUCAAGCAAUGGUAGCUUAUUUAUUAGGAAUACAGUCAAAUUUGCAGAAAUAUCGUCUUUAUAUUCCAAAAAUACUGCUUUUAUUAGAAAAUUGUGACAGUCCUAGCUCAUUUGAAGAGUUUUCAGACAGGAUUUCUUUAAGUCUUAUGGCUAAUUGGAUUCCUCAACUAUUAUCCAGCCUCGGUAGGCCUAAUUCUGACGCUAUUUACAAGCUGCUCAUUAAGAUUGCAACUCAAAAGCCUCAAUCGCUCUUCUAUCACCUCAGAAGUCUCAUUUUAGAAAUUAACGACCAAUAUGCGAGCUCCCCUACAGAAGUUCUCAAUGAAAAACUCCGCUAUCCUCAGCUGCUUAUGGGAGAGCUUCGCAAGAAGCAUCCUAUCCUAAUCCAAACCUUAGAAAUCCUCUGUCAAAACUUAUCACAAAACCUAAAAGUUUCUAUAGAAGAAGAUUUCUACAACACCAUUUCCAAUCUUCUUCAGCUUACCUUUAUCACCAACGAAGAAAUCACUGAGGAGCACGUCCAAGAAACUUUUGAGUCAAUUGAUGACAAGUUUUUCAAUAGAGAUGAUAAUGUCGAAUUUAUUGAAAAAUACCAUGAAGACUUCAUGAAUGAUUUCAAUGAAAAUAUCUAUGGAAAUCUCAGACAAAUCCAGCUAAACCUGAAAAAAUGGAAAGACAGGCUAUCACAAGAAAUUAAACUAAAUGAUCUGAAAUAUUUGGACCAAGAGUGCAUAGACCUCAGCACAUUUUAUUCAAAAGAAAUAGAAAUCCCUGGGACUGAAAAAGUCAUUUUGGAAAGAUUUUUGCCAAAAAUAGUCCCUAUUAGAGGAAAAAACAGCAACAGAGCUUUGACUAUAAGAGGGUCUAAUGGAAAAGAUUAUACUUUUAUGGUUGCUGUAAAUGCACCGUUUUCACAUAGUUCUUAUAGGCUGACACAAAUAAUGAAAAAUUUAAAUCACUGCUUUAUUGUGCAUGGACAUAAAAUUAGUCACAGGAUACAGGGGUCAAACUUUGACAUACAAGAGCAAGUCCCAAUAGACUCAAGGCAUUCGCUAGUAGAAAUGAGGUCAGGCUCUAUAUCUUUGAAUGAAAUUUAUAAUUUAACGGUAGAUGAAACAGGAAACGACCCUGAUUUUUGGAUAUUUGAAGAUAAUGAUGAAAUUGUGCCUGAACAUUUGUUUAGCUCAUAUAUACAAAGGUGCUUGCAGUCUCCUGACAGGUUUGCAGUCUUUUCAAAACAAUUUACUGCACAAUGGGGAUUAUUUUAUGUUCUAGCUGAGCUUUUAGAAAUCCCAAUAAAUCAGCAGCUAUUGACUAGGCUCUGGAUCUCUAAGACAUCUGGUACUUUAGAGCUAGGGUUUUCUGAUCUUCCUUUAAUUUCAAACUAUGAAGGUACUAUUGGAGUCCGCCUAACGCCGAAUAUCAAAUAUUUAAUUGGUGAAGCUGGAAUCAAAGGUUUGAUGCCUGCAGUGAUUUCCAAUUCAAUGAAGCUGAUACUUAAGCAAAAAUCUCAAAUAGAGCCAUUGCUAUACUAUAUACUAAUUCCACCACUCUUAUCAAGCAAACCUACUAGAAAACCCCUAUAUGGAAAAAUAGCCAUUUGAUUAGCGAGCAAAAAUUUUUUAAUAUGACUUUUUUCCGAAAUAUAUAAAAUAUGUACUUUUAGAUAGUGCAAAAACAUUUAUACUGGUCGACCAGUAUAAAGGUUUUUGCACUAUAUUAAAGUGCAUAUAUAAAUUAAUGGUAUAAUGAUAAACUCAAGCAAAUUAUAUUUAAAAUUUUAAACCAUAAAUUUUAUAAAUUAAAUUGAUUUUUUAUUUAGAUAUUUACAAAUUUAGCUUAUUUAAUAACAACAAAACUAACUACCCUUUGCGAAUAAACAAGAAUUUUUGCUUGCUAAUCUAGUGAGGGAUAAGAGAUGAAGGAGAAGCCGAUAUGACUAAAAUAAUGUCAAUAAUCGAAGAAAAUAUUGAUGUACAAAAUAUCCAUCAAAAAUUAGAAAUGUCAAUACAAGAACCAAUCAGUGCUUCGUCACUUAAAUGGUUUUAG